AUGCGAGGCCUCAAUCCGCAACCUCAAGGUGACGGGACGCCUAAGUCUUCAUCUCAGUCGGCCGCUGGGGGGUCGAAGAAGACGGGAUUACCAACUUCAGGACGCAACAAUGCCCCGUCGGCUCCCAGCAGUAGAUAUCCCCCAUCUACUCCUUUCCCCUCUCAGGUGCAAGCCUUGGGUGAUGGUAUUCCAGGCUUUUCUACCUCGUUUGAUACUUCGGCGAAGGGCGGCGGUGCUUUCAAGCCUAUCAGCGAGAACUUCUCAGUUAAUCCAGCUAAUGGAACCAUGUCAUUCGCACUACCCGUCCACGCGUCGCCAAGUCGAGGUGGCUAUCACCCUGAGCUUACACUUUCCUAUGAUUCGGGUGCUGGCAAUGGGGCAUUUGGGAUCGGCUGGAAUGUAUCACUUCCUUCCAUCAGUCGCAAGACAGCGCUUGGUAUCCCGAGAUAUCUGGAUGACGAGGACGACAUCAUAAUGUCGGGAGCUGACAUUGUCAGAGUGUUGACGAACAACGGCUCUCCUGAAACCAGGACCGUGUCAGAACCCAAGGGCGACUACGAAGUUGUCAUGUACAGGCCAAGAAUAGACAAUGGAUCCCUGCGUGUUGAACGCUGGACUAGCAAGGCUGAUCCGACAGAUAUCUAUUGGAGGACUCUCUCCUCUGACAACGAGACUACAAUCUACGGUGAUAGCGAUGGCAGCCGAAUUCUUGAAACCUCAAACGGCAAGAGUCGCACUUUCUCCUGGAUGCUAAGCAAGUCUUACGAUGCGCAUGGCAAUGCGAUAGAGUACACGUAUAAACAAGAAGACGCCAAAGAUCUUGUUGAUGCCAGCGGAGUCCUCCCUGUGUGGGAGAAGAAUAGAACAAACGAGUCGAGGUGUCGUCAGAAGUAUAUCAAGACCAUCAAAUACGGAAACAGGAUUCCCAGUCGUGAUCCAAAAUCGUGGGAAGUAUCACAAUUGACUAAAGAUAUGGACUGGAUGUUUGAGCUUAUAUUCGACUAUGGCGAACAUAGCCACGAAACCCCAACCAGUGCUGAAUCUCUCAAUUGGAAGAUGCGUCUCGAUCCAUUUUCUCAAAGUCAUUCUGGGUUUGAAGUCCGCACUUAUCGCCUCUGUCGGCGUAUUCUGAUGUUCCAUCACUUCCCUCAACAGACUAGCGAUUCAGAGAACUUGGUUCACUCCAUAGCGAUUCAGUAUGAUGAGUCCGCACACAGGACUGUACUGACGGGCUUGUCUAUGACAGGGCAUUCAAUAGUCAAAGACGGUCCUCAUGGGGCAGCACGCUGCUGGUCUGAGAGCCUCCCUCCAUGGUCAUUCCAUUAUAGUGCAGUGGAGGAGCGAAAUAAGCUAGCAGCUUUGGAAGUCAACGUUAUCAACUUGCUCGAACUUCCCGGUUCAGAUUCAAAAGUCUCGGAAUGGCUGGAUCUGGACGGUGAAGGUAUGCCGGGGCUUUUGACCAGGACCGAUGAUGGCACACUCAGCUAUCAACGGAACAAGGGCCUAGGCGCUUUGUGUGACGAUUUGCAAUUUGGGGCUCCAGUAAUCCUUUCACAGCAGCCCGGUAUCGCAGGCGGUGUCUUUCAAGAUCUUGACCGGAACGGGCAUGUUGACUAUGUUCUACGAGAUAGCCAGGGUGUCCUUCAAGGAUAUUUUGAGCGAGAUACAGACACUUGGAGCAGCUUUUCGACCUUUCCAGAAACCCCAAAUGGAGAUACAUGGCUGGACACAUUGGAGCUUGACUUGACCGGUGAUGGUCUUGCUGAUACUUUAUGUAUAGCUGAUGACUCCCAAGGGCUUGCGUGGCAGCAAAACCUCGGCAAGAAAGGCUACUCUGGUUACAAACGUGCUCUAGCAGCAACUCCAGUCAGUAGACCACUGCUCACCAAGACGACUGAGGUUCAGACCUAUGUUGCCGAUAUGAUGGGUAGUGGACUGUCAGAUCUUGUUGAAAUUUCUUCAGGGUCGAUAAGAUACUGGCCAAACCUUGGCUACGGGAGUUUUGGUGCUGUUGUUGAGAUGGGCAACUGUCCACUCCUGUCCGAAGAUUCGAGCUUUGAUCCUGCCCGGGUACGGCUCAUCGAUGUGGAUGGCAGUGGUACAACCGAUCUACUGUACAUUCUCGCCACGGGCGGAGCAAACCUCUAUUAUAACCUAGCCGGAAAUCGUUGGAGUGAUAAGAUCUCGAUCUCGAGACUUCCAGCAGGAUUGAGCCCAGGAUCUGUUUUCACACUCGAUAUCCUUGGAAAAGGAACUGCAUGCCUUUGCUGGGCAGAUGUUUCUACUGGGAGGAACAGAAUCAAGUAUCUUGAUCUCAUGGGAGACCUGAAGCCCCACCUAUUACAGAGCUACAGCAAUGGCAUGGGAGCCAAGACACGAAUUACUUACGCUCCGUCUACCAAGUUCUAUGUCCAAGAUAGAAACAACGGUCUACCGUGGUCGACCAAGCUGCCAAACCCAGUUCAAUGCGUGUCCAAAGUGGAGGUAGCAGACUGUAUAACUGGAAGUCUGCACUCAACUGAGUACAUUUAUCACAAUGGCUGUUAUGACUCCUUUGAGAAUCAGUUUGCUGGAUUUGAAAUGGUCGAGGAGUUGAAUCACGAAAGGCUUACAAUCGGUAACAACCAGUCUUAUGAACUGCCGGUCAAGCACACGAAGUCGUGGUUUAGCGUCGGCCUUAGUCUUACCGUUGACGACUCCCACUUUCUGACCAGUCGUAAGGUGUCCUGCCGCUUGCAGGACUCUGGCAUUGAACCGGCAGAACGCCUUCAGGCUCUGAAAGGAGUCAACCUACGGUCCGAAACGUAUUGUCAAGACGGAACCGAUAAGGCUGGACUACCAUUCUUGAUUGAAGAACGGUCGUAUGACGUGAAGGUCUUACAGUCACGGGGCUCCAACAGAUACUCUGUUGUCCAGGUCAAUCCUCUAGAGACCCUUUCGACACAAUUUGAAAGAGAAAUGGAAGACCCACGAGUGACGCAUGAGAUUGUCCUGAAAACCAACCUCUUCAGCGAUGUGGAACAAUUGCUUCAAAUAGUUUAUCCUCGCAAGGAGAGUACGACAUUCUCUGACGUCAAUGAGAACCAGCAGGCUGGCAAUAUGUCUCUGACACAGACCUGGUAUACAAACGAGGUUGUGGAGCACGAUUUUUUUCGCAAGCCACUGCCUUGGAGGCGACAAGAGCACGAAGUUCUCAAGUUCCCAUUCUCAAACGGAUCUCUAGUCACCUUUGAAGAGGCUAGCGUGUUCGACUUCGAUACACUACCUACAGAGAAGUCUCAGGUGACAUGGAAGGCCCUACGCACAGAGAAUAGAUGUUACUUCAAGGACUCUUUGCUGAAUUCAAGGCUCGGGGAUGCAGAGUUACAGGCAUUUUCGCUACUGGACCAAUCGUAUAGUCUGGCUUUCACACCUCAGAUCAUAGCCAAGAUAGAGCUCGGCCUGAGUAACUGCAAGAUCCCCGGCUCAGUCACAGACCUCAUGAUCGAGGGCAGGUAUGUAAAACUGGAAAAUAGCGAUAGUUGGUGGCAACCGUCAUCACGCACAGCUUUUACCCAACCUGGGGGUUUCAAGGCAGGACACGAAGUCAUGGAAGCCCGUCGAACCUUCUAUAAUCCUUUAUUCUUCAUCGACGCCCACGAUAAUGUAUCGCACGUUAGGUUUGAUGAAGACUUUUUGCUUGCUGAGGAAGUUCAAGACGCCGUGGGAAACGUGACCUCUUUCAAGAACGACUAUCAGCGGCUGCAACCUUUCGAAAUUGUUGAUCCGAAUCUCAAUGCUGUUAGAGCUUUGCUAGACCCUUUGGGCCAGCUAGUCGGAACCGCAGCUUUGGGCAAAAGUUCUGGAGAUGAGGACCAGGUGGACAGCCUGGAUGACAUGGUCCUUGAGAUCAGUCCUGAGGAGGCCAAUGAUAUUCUCCUGGAUCCUACUGGCGAGAUUGCCACUCGUAUUCUGGGGCAUGCGGGCAGCAGAACCGUUCUUUGCAUCAACGGAUAUGCGCAAUGGGAAGCUAGGCACAACGCAGAGAGUCCGCUAGUUGCAAAGACUACAUCAUCGGUUGAGGCUUCAGAAACCAUCAUGCCAUCAUUUUCUAUUCAUAUGUCACGCCCUCUUCAUUCCGGGCGAUCAACCAAGUCAAAUAUCCACGUCAGUGUUUCUUACCUGAACGGCCUUGGUCACAAAUUUCAAGAAGUGCAACUGAACGAUCCAGACGAUCUCGCCAGGAUGUGGCUUACAUCCAGCACAUCUAUAUCCAAUAAGGAUGGACAAUCUGUCUGUGACUUCCAACCUAGUUUUCAGAGCUCUUCAGCGCCUACCCCAACGGAUCGCAUGACUCCCUACUCGACUUUGACCCUUUGUGAUGUUAGCGGUCGCGUAGUCGCAACGCUUUUACCAGACCAAACCUGGUCAAAAACAGUCUAUUCCGCCUGGACGACAACUGAGUACACUGUCGGUGACGUUAUACUGGAGGCCGAGCCUCGUGAUGACCCCGAUAUUGGAUACCUCUUCCAUCAGGUCCCAACCGACAGAUAUACGCAAAGUUGGUACGAUCAGCGAAUACAGGGGACACUGCAAGAGAAACGAGCGGCUGAAAAGUCUUCAAUUUUUGCCGGCGCCCCUACUGUCACACAUAUCGGCUGUUGCGGUCUUCCCAUCCGUACUGCUCGUAUUGCUAAUGGCAAGAGUUAUGUAAGAGGCUUUGCAUAUGAUGUGAACGGCAACAAGAUUCUUGACAUGGAUUCAUAUGAUCGAAUUGUGGAAAAGAUGCUCUACGAUAAGCUAGGCCGGAAGCUAAAGACUAUCGGGAUGGACAAAGGGGAGUCAUGGUCUCUUCAAGAUGCCCAGGAUGGGGAUUUGCUAACGUGGAACUGUCGUGGAUACUCUUUUAUGACUCACUACGACGGGAAGCGGCGUGAGGUGAAGAGGUUGGCUCGGAAAGGAACAGAGACGCCCAAGUUGAUCACGAGAAUCACCUACGGAGAGGAAUGUCCGCACGCUAUCUCUAACAAUUUGAAAGACCAGGUUUGGAGAGCUGAGGAUCAAUCCGGCAUUCAUUCCAAUACUUGUUUUAAUAUCCGCAGCCAUUGCGUUGAGAAGACUUUCCAGGCUUGUCGAGAGUACAAGAAUGAGAUCGAUUGGAACAGGGAAGUUGCGCUGGAAGAGACAUCGUACGUCCACAAAUACAUUUACGACAACUUCGGUCAAGCGGUUGAGGAAACGGAUGCACAGGGAAACCGAACCAGGAGGGUAUUCACUCGACAAGGCAAGGUACACAAAACCGAUUUCAUGUCUAAGGCGGACUCUACCUGGAAGCCCUAUCUCAGCAGUGCUCGUUUUACAGCUGACGGGCUGCCUGAAAACAUGAAUUAUGGCAACAAAGUUUCCACAGUUUUUGUUUAUGAUGCUAGGAAUAGAAGUCUCAUCUCAGAACGGACCACGCGUCCCUCGCGAAUCGGAAGACAGGUACUUCAAGAUUUGACACACGUGUAUGACUGCGCUGGUCGUCGGGUUCAUACUAGAGAUGGUUCAAAACAGGACUUCUACUUCCGAGGAACGCGAGUUGAGCCUGAAUGGGACUACAUGUAUGAUGUGACGGGUAGGCUGGCCUCUGCUACUGGUAGAGGGCAGCUUUCGACCAACGUCGUCAACGGCAACCAGCUAAGCCCCUACAACGCCAUGACCGGCCUCAAUUCGUCACGCGGCAUCACUGAUGGUAAUUUGCUCUAUCAAUAUCUCGAAACCUAUCGUUACGACCUAGAAGGAAACAUGCUACAGAUGAGGCAUGAUGCUCCACAUGCAACAGGGAUUAAUGGCUGGAGUAGAAGCUUCCUCUAUGAAGAGAAGAGUCUGCUCAGCGAUGAUCCCACUGUCAAAAGCAACCGUCUAAGCAGCACCAGCAUUGGGAACAAGCCUGAGGGUCGGUAUGGCUAUGCUGGGGAUGCUGGUCUCGCAGGGUGUAUGACGUCGAUACCCAAGUUCUCGGAGCUCCAUUGGAAUAUGGAAGACAUGCUCGGCUAUUCAUCAACACAGAAUAUCCAUUCUGGAGUUGCUGAAAGAACAUACUAUGUGUACGAUCGAUCUGGUAAUCGAGUACGCAAGGUCACUGAGUCUGCGGCUCAAAUUGGUGAAGGUCCACGCAAGCUGAAGGACACGCUAUUCCUUGAAACCAUCGAGCUACAAACUCAAACUGAUGGACCCGACAAAUGGAUUGCAAAUAUCAUUGGAAGUGAGGUCAUAGCUAUGGCCGAAACUAGCAAUCGUUGGCUCCAGGCUCUGGUGCGAUUUCAGACAGGAACAAAUAUGGAGCUUGAUGAUGAAGGUCUGAUUAUAUCGUAUGAAGAAUACUCACCUUUUGGCAAUACUUUAUAUUCCUUCAUGUACGGUCAAGUGGAGGCUCCCAGAAAAUUUCGAUUCGCAAGAUACGAACACGAUCGAGAAACCGGCCUAUACCAUUGUGGUGCGCGAUACUAUUGCCCAUGGCUUGCUCGGUGGACAUCGCCCGAUCCUCUCGGCGAUGUAGAUGGGCAAAACCUUUACGAGUACACUGGAAGCGAUCCUGUCAAUUUUGAUGACCACUCAGGAACCUCAAAGAUACCAACAGAUGAGCAAGGCCAGAGGGAGGAAGAACGCAAAGAAGGAGAGUCCUCGGACUCAGCCACCCAAAUAGACGAUCUGCACCUUGGACAUAACCGGGCGUCUAUUGAUUAUGCGGUCACUUUUCAGGCCGCCGCCUAUUUGUCAAAGGCGGAACAAUCGAGUCAGAGUUGGGAACUGAUCAAUGAGGCUUUCAAGAAGCACUGCUCGCCCGAGGAAACAGUUCAAAACAGGCAAAGGCUUACAAGAGAGGUGAAACUCGCUGGUGAGCAGCACCACGUCUUUAAGAAUAGCUAUAGUCAUAUCUUCGAGCCACUCGGUAUUGAUUCUCAUGCCGCCACAUGGCGUAUGGAAAGGAGUCUUCACAACUUACUUGGUAAAAUACAGGACAAAAAUUGGUUCGGCUUUUGCGCCGAAGCGGGCGGCUUCACCCCAUCGAGCGAGCUACGAUCAGCUCUUGAGAAUCCUAAAUCGCCUCAGUCCCUAAAGAUCAUUGAAGAGUUUAAGAAAAAUCCAGAAUAUUGGACACAGAAGGUAUAUGCCCAAGCUGCUAAAAACUUCCAAGAGGCUGGGGUGUUUCCUAAAGAGGCUAAGAAAUACAUUAGCUAUUAUAAAUAUGGAAGGAAGACACAUGUAUAUACUUCUUCUAUGUUUACAAACAUUAAGAGGAUUAGGACUUUCUUAAAGAAAUAG